UUAGUCUUGGCGUGCAAGCUCGUCAGUUGAUCGGAGCUUUCUCUGCGAGAAUAUUCCUUCAAAGUGCGCGUCUCGUGGCAGAAUGAUGUGUUCUUGGGCACUUCUCGGUGUUUUAAUAGCCGUGGCUGGAAGUGUGGGUGGCCAUGUUACCCACAGUGAACCCCUGAGGGUGGCGGGGGGUAAUCUCACUAUUGGACACCUGAGGACCGUGACGGCAUCACAGAAUGCAAGUGAGAAACCCGAGGUGCUCAAAGUGCUCAAUCAAACUUAUUCGAAGAAUGAUUUGGGAGAAUAUAUGAUUUCGUAUGUACUCAACGAUGGCAACCGUCGUGUUGAGGUGGCAGAAUUUGAGGAGGUCGACGGCUCAAAGAAGUUUGUAAUUCGUGGGUUAUUCACCUACAUGCAGAAUGGCAUCGUAAGGAAUGUUCUUUACAAAUCCGAUGAUACUGGUUUCUACACUUAUCCGGAUCCAACGGCCGUCCCCGAAGACAAUGUCCUCUUCUUACCACCAGAAACCACCGAUCAAUGUGUGAAGCAGAACACUUGCAUAGAUUCCAAACUCCUCACAAUUCUCGUGGGAUGAGGAGCAUUAAAAAAUCCCCCGAAGGGCUUUUUUUCUCGCUUGGAAAGAAAGAAAUUAUAAUGCAAUUGUACGGAAUUUUAUUCAUACAUAUAUAGUUAAUUUAUAUUCAAGUAAUUUUUUUUCGUGACACAGACUGGACGUAGCCGGUUGUUAAUUUAUUUAUUCUAUCGAAUCGUGCAAAAUAUUUUCAAUGAUAUCAUCUCACACUACAACGAGCGCAGCAAGAUUCCACGGAGCAAGUCAAUUUAUUGCAAUUUAUUAAAUACCAUAAAUUUCAGCAGCGCCAUCCUAAUGAAUGGCGUACAAAAUUUGUGGAUUUCCAUGUGACCGAAAUAUUAAUGCUAAAAACACUGAAUGGGUUAAUAUUUCGUGAAAGACGAUAUGCAGCAAAAUCUUCUCCUUUCACACAAUCAACAUUUCAAACGUGCCUCCGGGGAAGAAGCAUUUCUGAAAUUCCUCGCACUGUGCAAAAAUAAAAAUAACAAAAAAAUGUGGAAGCUGCGUAAUAUUUCACAAUAAUUAUGAUUAAGUUUGUGAAAUAAAACAGAAUAUAAAUGAAUGCAAUUUACACCCUGUAAUUUUGAAUAAUUAGUUGAAUUUUAUUGAUCACUUUGUACUAAAUUUCAUGAUAAAUGCACAAAAAUGAAUUUUAUGACAUGUUAAUUAUUAGUUUUCUUGAAAAUUUUCCAUCAUAAUAAAAACAGGAACAUUAAAAAUCUUGUUUAAUAAAUUAUUUUUAUUAUCAUGUUUAGUAAAACAUUAAAUACUUACUAACUAAUCAAAAAAAUAUUGAAAAAAAUUUAAUUAUUUAUUGGACUAUUUAUUUAUUUAAAUUUUUAAAGAAAAAAAUUAAUAAUUUUGAUAAUAGAAAAAUGAUAUUAUUAUAAUCAAUCUAUAAGAUAAACUUUCAAACAAAAUAAAAUAAUAAUCAAAUUAAAAAAUUAUCUUUGUAUGUAUUUUAAUUGGAAAAUAUAUUUAUCUUGAAUUUUCCGAUAAAAAAAAACAUUUAUUGGUUUCAGCAGGUUCGAUUACUGGCUUCAGAUGCAAUUAUUGGAGUUUUAUAUUGUUAAAAAACAAUCAAUCAUGUUUAUGACCAAUUUUAUUAAACACGUAUUUAUUUAUAAGUCUUAAGAAAAUACAUUAUUAUCCAGGAAGUGUUAGGAAGAACUUUCCAUAAAA